GAGAGAGAGAGAGAGAGAGAGAGAGAGGGCGGUCUAACUUUGCGGCGGCGAAAACAUUUGAGUCGACUCACAAGGUAAACGGGUUAUUGGGUAGAGACCUUCGUAUUUAAAGAGGAGAGAGAGAGAGAGAGAGAGAGAUAAAGAGAUAAAGAGAGAGAGAGCGAAAAGGGGAGAGAGAGAGAGAGAUUAGGAGCGCGUGACGGCGCUGUCUCCUCGCGCAGCGGAGACCUGUUCGUCAGAAGUGACUGGCUAUUUCUUCAAAUGAGAAAGUCUGAGAAACCCGGAGACAAAGCCAUCAUGUGCAGGCGGGGACAGGCGAGUGUUCGCGUCUUCCACACAAUAUUUGGACUGUCAAGAAGUCAACGGUCUGACAGUGCUGCGUUCUGACUGAUAUAACCAAAUUGACUGGCGACAAAUCACAGAGGAGCCUUUCUCCCGCUCUUUGCUCUUUCAUCUAUAAAAUACCCAGAAGCUCCUCCUGCUCACUUUUUAUCCCCUGUGGCUAUGGAGAACCUCAGUGAGCUCCAGAACCCGUUGUUGGACAAAAACAGUAAGCAUAUGGUCAACGGUUAUGGGGGGGACUUCCAUAAUAACCAGUACCAGGAAAACAUUAUGAAUUAUUUGGCUGGAGGAGGAGGUGGAGGAGGUGGUGGUGGAGGUGGAGAAGGAGGAGAAGGAGGAGGAGGAGGAGGAGGAGGUAAAGUAAAUAACAGCACUGUUGCGAGCAGCGGAGGUUACAGCACCAACGGGAAGGUGAAAGCCCAGCAACUUUUGGACGCCACCUCGCUGCAUCUGGCCGUAGAGGCCUUCUACAGGCCCAACUUCAUCCUUUACAAAGAGGACAGCGGCAGCAUCAAGGCUAAGGAAUACAAAAGUGAGUGCUGCGAGACCACGUUCACCGAGAAGAAGGCCAAGGAGGCGUCCAUCAGCGUAGGGGCGGACACACCUGGCACAGAGGAUCCUCAGACGAAGCUGAUGGAGGACGGCGAAAACAUCAAGAUUCAGACGGUUUCCUACGAGGUAGAGGAGGAGGAGUACGUGGAGUACGAGACAGACUGCUCCAGUGACAGCGAGAGUGAGGACAACUUCAUUGUCGUCCCUCCGCGAGAUCACCUCGGCCUGGCCAUCUUCUCCAUGCUCUGCUGCUUCUGGCCUCUGGGGAUUGCAGCCUUUUACUUCUCACAGGGGACCACCAAGGCGGUGAACAAAGGUGACUUCCCCCUGGCCAACAUCGCCUCCCGACGGGCUUUGUUCCUGGCUGCCCUCUCCAUCACUAUAGGCACUGGUGUGUAUGUGGGUGUGGUGGUAGCUCUCAUUGCCUACCUUUCUAAACCAGGACACAUAUAGCAGCCACAGCUUCCCUCCACACACCUCCAGGGAGCCCAGGAGAAGCGCAACACCUCUGGGGAACAGCAUUACCCCUGCAGACUUCAAAGAAAGUUUUUCGGGGAUGUACAGUUUUACCCCAUCCUCCUCCUCCUCCUCUUCCUCCUCCACCUUCCUCCGUUACCUGCCCUUUUUCCCCACAGGCCCUCCAUCCGCCAAGAUUAGCCCCAAUGUCUGGAUAGAGGUCAAGAUGGAGGGUGAGAAGAGGAGGAUUGGGGAUAAUCUUAAGUUUUCUAGGGAGAGGGUUUGAGUAUCAGAAGUAUGUUGGAGCCCAGUUUGCAUCCCACUUACUUAAGCCUCUGUUGGCUUCGUCCACUUUUGGCUGGUUUUUAUCUUUUAAGACCCCACAGAAACACUGAAGCGAAAUGACUAUACAAUAGCUCCUUGGACUUGAGUGACUAUUAGAAAAAUGGAGCCCGAGGACAGUUGAAACACACACAUCAUAAAUCUUAAACCAAGUUAUUGUUAUCGGAGCUGGUGGAAAGAUCAGAGCGAUUCUGUGGAGGACUGUCACGUGCCAACUCAUCAACUCCAAAUACUAGGACUCUGAUUGGUUCUGGAUGAAAAAAUGUGGAGAACAAAAACACUUUCUCAGUUUCUAAAAUCAAGACUAAGGAGGGUUCUCAGUUCUUGAGAAAAGGAGAAAAAACAGCACCACUGAUAGUAGUUUUGGGAACGGAGGCGAGAAGAAGACGGCAUGAGUUACACGAAUCUCACUGGAGCCUGAGUCCUGUAUUUUACCCCAAAGACAAUGUGCAACCAUUAAAGAUGCGCCGCGACAUCAAACAAAAAGUUUGUGCCAGAUAUAGUUUGCCAACAUACAUGCAAAUGUGCUCUGCUUUUUCCUCUGUUUGUCCUUUUAUGUUGUAACUGCUGUAUUAAGUCACCUUGAUCACUCUGAGAAAGUAAGGCACUGACGGUGAGGUUGGCCAUAACGGGAGCUGUGCCCAAAUAAAAAAUAAAGAUAAAGAAAUCCUGAUGGUGUCACUAAGAGCUGGGCCUUACAUAUCGUGCAGGGCUGCACAUACAAACAAAGUGUUGCAAUUUCCGAAUGUAGCUGUAAACACUUACUUUUCUGCAUGUCUCUACCUAUGCCAGCACAAGACCACUCCACACGACUGAGUAGAUUUAGAGCCUUUUUGUCGGAUCAUUAAAAAAAAGAAAGAAAAAAAGAAAGAAGCUUAAACUUUAAAUUGUUCUGUGAAGAGGCUCGUUCUUUGUGCAAUACUUAAACCAACAUUUCUCCAUUUAGCUAUUUAAACAAAGAGCGUUUCAUGGAAAUAUAGCAUUGAGACAUUGUGAGUUUGUUUUCGAGAAUUCAUCUUCAGCUGAAAAGAACAGAAGCACCAAGACCACCGAUUAAGUUUAUAACGAAGGGCUUAUUAAUUAUUGAAACUUUGGUUUUGUUUUAUUUUCCCUUUAUUGUAUGUUACACACUUAACUUGAGAUGAGGUGACAUUACACAGUUGGUUUUCCCUGCACAGGUCGCGCAUUAGUCAUACCUGACAUUUAUGGUGCACAAUUAGUUCCCGGUAAUGGCUUCUUUUUUCUGAGGGAAAUGUGUGUGUGUGUGUGUGUGUACUCUCUGGAGCUUAGCCCUAAAAUAGCACAACAACAUUCAUUUCACUAAUAAGCCACUUUUGGCAUCACUGGUUUCUGUCAGACCCUACACGUAAACAAUCCAUUUAGGCAACCUCGACUCUUAAGAACAUUUUAAAACAAACAAUGGAAAGUCAGUUCAGUUGUGCUAAUGAAGACUGAAUGUUGCCCAUAUUCUUCACACUGGGAAGAGCUUCCUAUGUUUGCUUUGCUUUACAGGACUGGAAGCUACUGUAUGAAUGUUUGGGUCGUCUGAAAAAGUAAUUAACUGAACACUGAUUGGUUUGUUUGCAUGGAGCCCGAUGACUUCUGACCUCUUCUGAACACGCGUGGCCCUAUGAUAAUUUAUGAGCAGCUGAUUCCAGGUCAGUGUAUGCACACAGACACACGCCACGGCCGUCACUGUAACUAUACUGAAGUGUUUGCUUUCAUUUCUUAGGGGAAACUUUUCCUGCUGACAAUGAUGAACUUGUUUUGUGUUCUGUAGCGUGUCAUUAAGCUGAUGUGUUUUUAUCUGGCCUCUUUGGAAAACCUGGUGUUGUUCAGUGUGUUACAACGGUAUGUUGGUUUUCCUCCUCAUCUUAAUGAGCUGAUGUGUACACGACCACGCGACAAAGAUGUUCUGCUGAAUUCAUUCCUCAACGCCAGAGUGACCGUGCUCUCUUUGUCUUGUGCUUUUAAGCCAAAUUCAAGAAGAUGACUUUGUUUUUUUAAUUAUUCUUAUUAUUUAAUUUAUGGUUUGUGGUUUUUUUCUAUCUUGUGUGAAGGCAACAUGUACAUAAUGCAAAUAAAGACAUGAUCAAAUGUAAUGAAAAAUGAAAAAUAAAUGAGAAAGGAAGGACAGCCUUUCUAAAAAGCAAA